UUUCUAUUUUCAGUAUGUGAUGUGUUAUUUCUAAAGCAUCAACUUUUAAUCAACAUUGAAAAGUAAAGAAGUGAUUGCAAGAAUGGCUCCCCUAGAUCCACAGUCAUUACUGAAGGCCUUAAAUGAGCUGCUAGGACCCAAUGGUGCUAUUGUUGGAACAACUGAAGCCGUCAGAGUUGCUAAUUUGAUGAAAGAUGCCAACAAAUUAGUGAGCAAGUGUGUAUACAUUAACAUCCUCAAAGUUGAGACACCAGCUGAGAUACUAGAGAAAUUAAUUUGUUCUGGAGGCUGGGACACGAUCAAUGAAUGGUUACAAGACGCCAAGGAGUCGGAGAAUUUCCCGUUACUAGUGGAGAUACUGAAGGUGUAUCAGUUGUUGCCAAUUACCGUGGAUAUUCUGAAGACCAACAACGCAGCCAAAACUAUAAAGCAGUUGUGUAAAUCCGACAAUGAAAAUACUAAAACUCUGGCUACCAAUAUCUUUGAUGAAUGGAUGAAAAAAGUGAAGGGAAAUAAUAAUAACUCUGAUGACAAAUCAAAGAAGAAGAAAGACAAAAAAGACAAAGACAGGGAUGAGAAGAAAGACAAAGACGAGAAAAAAGACAGUAAAAAAUCGUCCAGUAGCAAAAGUGAUAGCAAAACUAAUAGUGAACACAAAUCAUCGCACCACUCGGAGCAUAGAUCGAGCAGCGAACAUCGAAAUAGUAGUGAUAGUAAAUCAAAGAGCCGGGACUCUAAACACGAAUCUAGUCAUCACAAUCAUAAGUCAGAUUCAAGUAAAAAGAACCGAGACCGCGAUAGAAAGAUAGAAGAGGAGAACACGGAUUCUAAUUCCAAUGACAGUGUCGAUAGUGACGAUAAAGUGACCGUAAGGCAAGGUUCGGGGCUCAAGUUGCAUAUUAAAUUAGGAAAUGAUAAGGAACGGACCACAAGUAAAUCAGACGAGACAGAUAAGAAAAGGAUGUCAACUGUUAAAAGACCGCCAAGCAAAUUUAGAUCAACAGGUCUGGAAGAAGCUAGUGUCCUGUCAAAACUGCCCAAAAAUGCUGAUCUCACUAAGCCUAUCCCAAAACGAACUGGGUCUGAUAUAAAGUCUGAGUUACCAAGCAAGCGUUCAAGACCAAAUAUGCCACCACCAUUGAGUGUUCCAUCACCAUCAACGUCAUCGUCAUUGAGCUCCACUUCUUCAAAUUCACCACAGUCCCCUGGAGAAAUUCAUGGAAAAAUAAAAAUCAUACCCGCAAGACCAAAGCCCAAUCAUGUUAUACACGAGAGUUCAGGGUUCAUGAAUAGUUUAGAUGUUGGACGACCGUACGGUGCUCUGAAGAAAAAACGUAGAUUAUCCGGGGCAACAGCCACUCCUCCAAGCAAAAGUUCAAAUUCAGGCGUGCCACCAACUACUCCCCCAAGCCCUAUUUCACCCACAUCUGCAAUUGCCAAGAAUCUUCCAACAGUUCCAUCAUUUUACAAAGAUACUCAAGAGGACAAUGCUGAGGAAACAAAAGGGGAAGAGAAAAUUACCAACCCUACCAAUGAAACUAAUGAUGAAGCUGAAAUAAAAGCUGAGCCGUCUGAAGAGAAGGAGAAUAAGCCAGCAGAAGUUGAGAAGGUGGAAGACAGAAGUCCGUCACCAGAAUUGUCGUCUGCAGGGAAAGAAUCGAAAGGGUUGUUGACAACUGGUGCUACCAAAGUAAAGAAGAAGAAGAAAUCAGUUACAUGGAAGGAUGAUAAUGAAAUUAAAGAAAUUUUCUAUUUUGAGAUGGAUGAAGAUGAAAGAGUGAAUGUUAAUAGACCCAAAGAUUUCAACCAAGCUCAAAGAAAUGAAAUGAUGGCAGAUAGGAGGGCUUUUGAGUCAAGUGUAAGAAUGAAGAAUGAUCACAUGCAGGAACAAAUUACAUGGUACAGACCAAAGAUUGUUGAGGGUUACAAGGUAUUUGAUUACGGUAAAGACAGUAAAGAGAAGACAAUCCAGAAACUACGGGAACAGAGCGUGUUACAGGCUUUAUUCUUCAACCGAAACAUGCUCCCCGACAAUCCACAGGAACCGGAUCCCGAACACGAGGAACCGCAGGAGCCGAAAAUUAUUCCGGUUGAUGAUCCCGACCUGAUGAUAGAAAUGUUUAGGAGAUUUUUACAUAUUGUUGUACACAAAAGGAAAAUUGAACAAAGAAUGUCAGGAGGUGAAGAAUUCCUGUAUAAUUAUGACAGUCACCCCCAGGCUGUCCAGAACAAGGCUGCAGUCCCUCCCAUGGAAGCCAAAAUAGAUCCUCUGUUCCAGCCACCUAUGAAUCCCCAGCAACCGCCCGCCCCAGGCCCCGGGGGCUUCAAUCUACCCCCAGGGCUUCAGUUGCCGCCUGACCUAGCCAAUAUACUGAGUCACUUACAAAAUACCCAAAGUAAUCCAAAUGACCCAGUGAUGUCACAGGUUCAACAGAUUUUGAAUAAUAUAAUGUGUGGUGGAAACGAGCAAAGUUACGAGCAGCUACAGCAAAUUCAACAAAUUAUGAACUCACAAAUGGGUUUACCACCUGAUGGCAUGAUGCAAGGACCUCCGCCAGGUAUGCCCAUGAUGGGAAUGCCUCCAGGCGGUCCACCCAUGGGUCCAAGAACGCUUUUGGGUAAUGCCCCUCCUGGUUUCAUGCCACAAAGACCAAUGGGUCCAGGGCCUGGACCAAACAGAUUUGGACCUCCAGGUAAUUGGGGUCCUCAAGGAAACAUGGGAGGUCCUCCACCAAUGGGACAACAGGGAGGAAAGUUUCGAGGAGGAAUGAGGGGCCAGGGACAAGGUCGAGGCCCUAGAGGAGGAAGGGGAGGUAAUUUCAGAGUAUUAUGCCGACACUUUGCCAGCGGUCAGUGUAGAAUGGGGAACAAUUGUACUUUCUUACAUCCAGGGAUUAAUGGUCCACCAUUGACAGAAGAAAUGUUAAACAACCAAGGCAACUCAUGAUAGUCAAUGAAUUUUAGAUCUACAAAAAUGGUGUCAUGAAGUCUAUACUGCCAUUUUGUGACAGGACGUUGUUGGAAGAUAAAAUUCCUGGACUGGUUCUGUUUUUCACAGAGUAUAGUAAACCAGUCCAAAAACUGUCAAAAGCUAAGGUGCUACAUGUCUUUACUUGGGCAUGGCGUGAUUUUGUGAAGCGAAGCUCUUGUCUAGUUAAUAUAUGUAAAAAUGUUGUUAACCAGUCAAGAGAAGAAAGUGUGAAAAAUCAAAGAUGUCGGACCAGUCUGAAAUUGUUGAAUGUGGGUCUUUAUUUUGAAUGUGAGUCUUACAAUUAGUGUAGGACAAGUAAUGGUCUAAGAAGUGUGAAAUUCAGCCUUGAAGAUGAGAAUCCGUCACAAACAGAAAAACUUACAGGGUUAAAUGGUAGGACAUGUGGUGUUGAAUAAUAAAUGUACGAUGUAGUUUGAAAUUGUCAUUUAUAAUGCUGAAGGAGGAAGCUGAAAUAAUGCCGACUGGAAUCUGUUGAUGAUUGUUGUUAUAGGUUACACACACGUUAAACCUGACCAGUAUGUACCAGGAAGUUACGACGGAUUUAUGUUUUGAUUAAUAAGUACAUGAAAAGAGAAGCACCAAAAGAAAAAUAUAAAAAAUGUAAAACUUUGUGUGGAGAAGAAACAAGUUUUGCAUGUAUCAUAAUCAGUGCAGUGGGGUAAACAGUAAUGGCAAGCAAAUAUAUAUGUUUAGCUGGGAUCUAGGCAGGAAACUGAACCCAUUUGUCUGCUUGAACAUUAUUUUGCUCAAUGAAAAUUGAGGUUGAAGACAUUUGGGCAUUGGUGAUAUUUAGUGAAUAUGGGACACUAGUGAAGUGGUCAGAUAUUUAGUAAGAUUACAGUUUCAUGUGGCCAAGAUCAUAAAAGUAUUUACUGUUGCAAUAUUGAUGAAAUAUUUGAACUAGAACAGUUUUACAAGUGAUAUUCUGUGAAGUAAUGUAAAAAAUUUAUUUUGAAAUAUGUUCCUCGGUGUGAAGUUGUAUUCACACAGCUAGGGUGCUCAAUCUAAAUUGUACAGUUUGCAAAAUGAUCAUUACUGAUUAAAUAUUGUAUAAUAUUUUGACUGUAUUAAUAUGGUACAUUAAGAAAUGAUGUUCAUUAGUCAAGGUUUAAUUGUUGAAUUUAAUCAUUGGAAAUUGGAAUAUAAAUAUUUGUUGAAAUAAAGAAAUAUGUAAAAAGUUUUUUUGCUAAUUUUAAUAAUAUUUUUGACAUUAUGAUUUCUUAUUAAUUCAGGUCAACACAAGAAAUGGGUUUGAGAAGAAAUUUGAAAUGAGAUUAUUUGUGAUAAAUUUCAUUUCUUAAUACAUGUAGUGUAUGCAAUGAAGAAUAUAUGAUAUAUAUGUGUAUCAUUCAUAGUUCUUAGUUUUGUUUGUUUCUCUUUUUUGUUGCUGGUUUUUUUCCGUCUUUCUUGUUUUCCUUCAAAUGUGAAUGACAUUUAUUUCUGUUUAGAAUCAUGAUGUAUAUUUGUUUCUUGUAGUUUAUUAGGGUUUGCCCUUGUUCUAUCUAAGAAAUUAGUUUCAAUGAUUUAAAAAAAAAUACAUAAAUAUCUUUUCUUUCACAUAUUUGUUCAAAAUUUUGCAUAUGUUUAUUUAAAAUGAAAGUAGGUUCUUUUACUUACAUUUGCAUAAUAAAUGCCCCUACAGUCAGAUGAAAAUGAGUAUAAAGGUGGUCAUUUUGGGCUUGGCUGUUCAAUAAAUAGUUAGUUACACUUGGUUAAAGUUUUGCUUGCAAUGUCAAUUUUUAUAACUAAGAAGAUAUUCACUUGAAAUUUCACUUAAGAUUUCAUACAUGUUUUCAGACUGAUUAGGCUUUUUUUCCAAGACCCAUACUUCUGGGACAGAAUUUUACUUAAUUUUAGCACUUUGUGAACAUGCAAAUUAGAAAAUUUUUGGUUUAAGUUCUAGAUGCAAGAUUAUCUUCACAAAAACUGAAAGUUUUCACUGGAAACGUUACUCAUGUAAUUGGGAUCAUAAUUUAAGGUGAGUUGCCAAAGCGUGGGUUUUGAAUAUAGCUUUGAUCUUUUGAGAGUCCUAAUAUUAUCCAGGGUUUUUUUUUUAGUAUUAAACAGUUAAAAUAGUCGAGUGUACUGUCCUACUGGCAGCCUCUAUUUUGUAGAUUUGUUUGUUUGUUUGUACACUGUUUGUGUGUUGGUACAUCUCAUUUGAUUAAAUUCUGUCAUUUUGAUAGAGCUACUUCUUUGUAAACUUUUUUGUAUGCAGAUAUACUUUUGUUUUGAAAAUGUAAAAUGACUAUAUUUUCAAAUUUGACAGACUAAAUGCCUUGUGAUGAAAUGAAAUAAAUUUGAAAAUCCAUAACAA